UGUCACGAGGUAUCUCUGCUGAACAAAAUGGACAAUUUAUUUCGAAGACUGUCCCAGUUAUUGUUUCGGUUUGAACGGAAAACUCGCGCCCUCGCUCACUCCAAAAUUUUAACCUCUACCCUAAAACGCCUGCAAAACUCUACGAGAAUCGGAAUCCGAAUCACAGUUUCAAUAUGCACAAUCCGUUUGACUAUCUACACCAGGAGUACCCCUUCCAGGGUCACGAUAGUCUAUCAAGAGGAUGGUUGGAUUGUUUCUGACAACAAAAAAGAGUUGAUCGAUAACUUUGACUACUUUUUUGUCUUCAUGAGGCAUUUACACUCGAUAUUUGCAUCAAAAAUCCCGGUUUCUUAUAUAUCAAUACAGUUUAUUUGUGAUCUGAGAGCAAGGCUGAUAUCGGAAACGACUGACGAGCACACUGAAAUGUUGUUUCUAAAAGAAUUGAGUGAAAUGAUGGAAUCCCGAAACCAAAAUGUGAAACUGAAAAGGUUCUCGGUGCAUUUCCACGGGGUCACCUUAAACAACUCGAUUGAGCCGAUUCUACAACACGUGGAGGCAAAAGUUCUAGUGUUGAAAGCAAAUUGUGAUGAGGACAUGAAGUACGAUUUCAACAAAAUUGUUGAAACAAACAUUUGGAAAUCGGCCAGAGUAGUGGAUAUCGAUUCGUUGUACCUCAGUCACGCUCACAAGUUUUCCUGUCAACCUGUAGAGGAGAUCUCACAUUUUUCAAGUGUUUCGUGUAUUUUCUACUCGAUAAACUUUGAUGACAUGGUUUUCCUGAAAGAGCAUUUCCUCGAAUCUCCGAACGCACGUGAAUUCCUCAUUAGCUAUCGGAAAUUCGAUGAGCAACCAAUGAUCAGUGACAUUUACGAGAUGGGAUUAGACACAAUUUUUGGAAAGCCCGUCAAUGUGGAGUACAAAGAAGAAGACAAAAUUUACAAGUUUAGAGUGAUGGAUACGGAGCAUGAUAUUUCAAUACAGUUGUUUUUACGGAGAUCUGGAAAUUCGUCGAUCAUCUUUACGCGAGAACCACCAUCGGUGAAGCAGAUCUAUGACCAAACUGUGCACAAUUAUCACUCACACACGAUUGAUCUACUAGAAAGAAAUGGCCAGGAGACUAAUGCCUUACUGGUAAUUCGGAAUGACUCAAUUCUAAUUUAUUUUACGUAUACUGACAAGAAUACCGCGGAAAAAAAAGUGGAAAACUUCGAGUACAAGAGUCUAGAAACUGGAUGCUCGGCAGUUGUCUCUGAAAGAAGAACUUCAUUGACUGUGAAUCUAGAUCAUAUGUCUCUUUUUCUGACACAUUUGAAGUACCUACUGGAUAAUUUGACGACUUUUGAAUCUUUUUCAUUUGGAUUUAAUGAAGAAUCCUGCGAUGCAGAGUUUAUGAACCGCCUCAACAAAACUAUCCCAUCAAAUUCUCUAAAAGCCGAUGGCUGCUGUAUAUCUUUCAACCGUCACCCUCUGAUCACUGAUUACAUCACCUCAGUGCUCUCGUACUUCCAACCAGGAACCCUUGAAAAUAUAGCGAUCCACACAGCACCUCACACAAUUGCUAUGGAACUGGAAGAUAUUGCGGGCUUAGAGCAAUGGAAACGAGCAAUUUCGGUAGCAAUGUGUAACACUACCCUAAAGUUGUCAAGUAAGAGUUGGGAGAAUUUCAAGCACUUUUCGUGUGCCACAAUUAUAUCCGAACCGAUUUCUUUUGAGGAUCUUUCAUUUCUGAAAGAGCACUUCCUGACUUCAAAUACCCCGCGGCAGAUUAAGCUUCAAUAUCUCCGUUCCUCAGAGGACAAUAUCAACGUUGCUCAAAAACUUCUAGAGCUAUUCGGUCCUCCAGCUCACGAAAGCUAUGAGAGUGCAAAGCAAUGUGAUCGAACAUGGUGCAUAGCAAUUUCAAAUCAAGAUAAUUGUUUUCUGGUCAAGCACAAAUUCUGUCGUCCUCGGGAGUAUGGCACAUUCGUGUUCUCAAGAAAAUUGGCGGCUGAGAUGGAAUGGAUCAACUCAUCCCCCAGUCGUUCUCAAAUACUCUCGGCAUUCAUCAAGUGCCUUGCAACUUACAAAAACCACUCCCUAGAAGUUCACACUGCAGAGGACCAGGUCCGGAUCAUGUUCAGCUACUCCUCAGAACUGACUAGCUAUCGGAAGAACAUCGUGUACAAAAAUCACCGUGAAGGGUGUCUGCUCGAGUUUGACGUUCACAAGAUAGUAAUCGACGAGGAUUAUGUGACAGUUUCUUGUGAGGACUUGAAUAUGGUGCUGGAGACGGUGGAGAGUAUUGACACUUUGCUAAUAGAGUCUGAAGAGAUAUCCCCGUCAAGAUCAGACGAUGACCCCAAUAACUCGAAUGAAACAGUUUUCGGAUGCUGCUUAACAAAAUUAGUGGAAAAUCUUAAGCAGCGAAAGCAAAUGCUUCAUGUCAGAAACUUCAGGCUAAACUUGAAUAUGCAAUCCCCAAGUGACCAGGUCUACUCUAUAUUGGAACUACUUUCUCCGGAGGUCGUCGAAUUGAAAACUUCCAUAGAAGACACAAAAUUGGAGUUGUCAGAAAUAAAUUUCACAAAAACGAAGGAGCUCAAAGCAGAAUCAUUUUUGUUAUCCAUCCCCAUCAAACUAUUGAGCAAAUUUUCAAAAGUAGCAGUGACAUUACAAGAUUUUUCAGUCGAGGAUCUGGUUUAUUUAAAAGAGCACCUCCUUGGAUCCCCAACGCCGUUCAAGUUUACUAUCAACGACAAUCGUUCGAAAGAGGAGCAUGUUAAUGCAAAGAACCUACUUGAAGAAUUUGGAACACCUGAUCGCAUUCAAGAUGAUCUUAUGGAAUGGCGUAUUCGGAUUCCUGGUCCCAAAUUUGAUCUACUUAUUGAAUACCGCCCGUGUGUCCCGAUGGGUCAAUCAUUCAGUUUUGAGCGUGUGGUGGAAAGGGUUGAGGAACAUCAACGUCACGAAUUUACCAACCAACCCAUUGAAUUACCACUCUCAUACACUACCCAUUCACUGAUUCUACCAUCAACUUUGAACACCACGAAAGCCUUCAAACUUGCUGAAGUCCGCUUAUCUUUAUAUAGCACCAGUAUAACAGUCGGUCUUUACUGUACUCUCCAAGGUCAACGAUCUUCACGGAUCCAUGAGUAUCAACACCACCCGAACGGUUGUCGGCUGCAAUGUGAUCAUCAAAGGGAAAUGGUUCGGAAUCGGGAUUUCGUUUCGCUGGCGGUUUCCCAUUUAAAAACGAUUCUUGAGGGCCAAAACGUCAUUUUAGAAUUUUCAGUCCAUCUAUGCGAUGACUCUGAGUAUAUUGAUAAAAGGUGUCUUGAAGAUCUUGUUGAGAUGCUCCGCUCACGACGUCGGCAACUCAAAGUUCGGAACUUCAAGAUUAGUUUCUUUGAGCAACCAUACAUCAAAAUCGCAGCAUCUCUAUUGUCAUACUUCGAUCAUUUCUCAUUGGUUAGAAUAACACUCAACACGCCAUUGCACGGUACAGUAAUCGAAACAGAGGACUGUGACCUACUUGUGAGCCUGGAUCAAUGGCACUGUGCCAGUGAGCUCCUCAUUUCGUCGUUUGUAUUUUCAACUGCAUUGGAAAAUUUCGAGAAUUUUUCACUUGCAAGUGUUACGGUGCCAACGAUUUCUUUUGAGCAAUUGGCUUUGUUGAAGGAGAAUCUUACGUAUUCAACUACUAAGUUCUGUCUGGUUAUCAACUUUCACGGUUAUGAAGAUGAAGAUUCAAAUGAUGUGGAAGCACGGCGACCACAAGAAAUUUUCGGAGAACCAAACGUGGAAUACGGAAGUGAGGAGUUUGGGCAUAAAAACUGGCAUCUUCCUAUGGAUGACAGAGAAUAUAGAUUGGCGAUCAGAUAUCAGCAUUGUGGAGCCGAAGGGAUUCCUGCGUAUGUUUUUACAAGAGAAAAACAGGAAGACGCCCCUCCAUUUGACAUGCUGCGGCUCGUCACCUGCUUCCCGAUGGUCAUGAAGAAUAUUGUCGACAAUUGCGCUUUUGUCUCAGUCGAAGUCCUCCGCAAAGUUUGCAAAGACCUCCGCUACUUCGUUGAUCGGAGCCGGAGCAAGUCAAAAUUCCAAACAAAUGAUAUUGCCGUGAGCUUGAAUUCUGACGAUCUCAAGCUUCGAAUCCGCCAGUCAAACGCGCAUACACUGUUUGUCUACUACAAGCAACCAAUAGGAUGUCGGCUUGAUAUCAUCGAGUUAACUCCGGACGGGGCCACACGGAACUACCGGGAGCAUCAUUUGACAGAUGACACCCCGUUGAACUACUUGAUGCGAGAUCUUCAGUUUGUGUUGAAGGAUCAGAAGAAUUGCCUGAGAAGUUUUCACUAUUGGGUUGCGGGCGAACAUGAAGAAGCGCAAGAAAAACUAAAGCGAGUUCUGAUUCGGAGCUCCAAGCUUCAAGUGAAAUGUUUAAUCUUAGCCGGAAGGACUGAGUCGGAAAUUUUAGAGCUUCUCGAGUGUUUCGACGCCGGAAAGUUGAAGCUUCUGAGACUAGAUUUUGCAAAAAUCACUGAAGAGGAUGAAGGAACACUAGAGAUCGCCCGAAUAGCGGAGACGGGUCACUGGAGAACUGCAGAGGAGUUCGUGGUGGCUGAGUGCGUGCUUAACACGGAUCCCUUGAACUUUAAUCAAUUGUUCGGAAAUUUCAAGAGCCAAAAAGUUUGCCUGCAAAACUUCACAGUGGACAACUUGCUUUUUAUGAAGCAGAAAUCCCUUUCCACUUCCAUAAAACUAUUCUUCAUUUGCGAAAAUUUCGAUAUGGAGAACUUGUACGAGCUUAUUGGACGGCCUCUGCUUGUUACCGAGGAUGCGGUCAAAGUUCGGAAGUGGUUCUUCAAGUUAAUAGGCACAUUAGAGCACGUUUUGCUAUUGAGAAUUAACACGGAAAACGGGAAGAUUCAUGUUCAGAUGUUUCGUAUCCCAGUUUCAUAUGUUCCCCAAAACGCAACCAUUCGUGACGAUUGAGAUUAAAUCAGUUUAAAUGAAUAUAUUGCAAUUAAAAGAUA